CGACGAUGUGCUAGGCCGUACUCCACGCCGUCUGUGUCGUACUCAUCAAAAGUCAGAGCCUUGCCGUUCGUCGCGACAUCAGAAGAUGUCGUAAGGCGCGCUGGCCCGCUCGCUGCACUCCAGAUGUUCCAAAAAGACUACUUUUCCAACAUCGUCGGUGCUGUACGAGCGUACUAUGGGUUCAAUGGCCAGCCACCAUGGCCGGCGCGCAUGCAAGCGGUGUACCUUCCAACAUGGAUUAUCGACGCACGCGCAAGUGCGAAAUUCUGGCUGUCGAAGCGGGGAGACGAGAACAUCAAGCAGACGACGCUGCAUGUUUACUUCCAACGAUCCAUUUGAAAACCGCCUUGCCGUUCGGAGAAGAACUCAGGAAACAGAACGACGCGGAUGUCCUCUGUCUUCCUUACACGGCGACACCUUUUGCUCUCACGGAGGCCGCCCGCACACUGUCUUUCAGCGACGCCAUGGUAGAAGAAGACUUCAGAUUUGAUCCGGCAACACUGCGUUCACACUUGAUCACAGCCUAUCCUCUGCUUAUUCCUGUCUAUCUUUUACAAUAUGACGCCGACCCCGGUGCUGACAAGAAACCCUACAGCGUCACGAUGGUCGUAGAAGCAUCUCAACCGCAGGGGACCGUCAUCACGGAGAACGUCCUCCCUCUCACGUCACGACUCUUCAGAGAAUCCGUGUCGAAGAACUCCCUGUUCGACAUCCCCGAAGAGCUCGCGGGCGAAGAAUUCAUGCGUGUCCUGCCCUGGAAUAGCCCCAUGCGCGAGUCCUUCGCGCGCGCGACGUGCUUCUCCAACGCGAAGCCGAAGGACUCCUGGAAGGCACAACUCGGCGAGUGGGUCGACGACCGCGCGCGCGCCGCCGGUGCGAUGGCGCGCUACGCACAGCUCCAGGUGUCGCUCGGGCAGGCGGUCGACUUUGACGACAUCAGGGUGCGCGACGUAGGCGAGGCGCCGGCGUUCACGGAGUACCUGUCCAAAGAACAGAACGUGCUGUUCUACCGCCACACCAUGGAGCGUUUGCAGCAUAUCAACGCGCGGACCAAGAAUGCCGAGGUGGAGGUAGAGGUGUUCGAGCUCAGCAAGGAUGGAACUUCCAAAACCCAGAAUGGGUCGUCCGCCUUGGAAUCAGUCUUACAGAGCAUGAAGGAGCAACUCAGCCAGUCGGAAGCUGUGAUGAACAAGCACAAGCCAGAAUGGCUGAAAGAGUGGGAGGCACGGCAGAAGGAAGAGGCGGAGAAAGAGGACAGUGACCGUUCGUAAACGCUACGGGACUUGCUUAGUUUAUCCCCUGGCACUCACGAUGCGUUUAUCCUCGGCACCGAGAGCAUAUAAACG